CUGUCGCUAGAAGUGAGAGACGACAUCAUCGCCGAGGAAGUCUGCGUCGAAGAGUCCGUGCCGCUGACUGUAUUCUACAAAAAGGAGAAGUACAAUGUAUGUCUUCCUCUGAGCGCAUCCGUCGAUCAGCUGAAGACCGAAGUCGAGAAAUUGACAGGUGUGCCGCCGAAGAUGCAAAAGUUAACGGGUCGAACUUUGCUACGAGAGGGCUCCACACUGCGCGAAUGCAAAUUGACUUCCGGCAGUAAGGUGAUGCUCAUAGGCAACAAGCCGGAUCAGAUCGCUAAAGUGAACACCCAGCCAAAGCUGAUCGACUUCAAAGCGGAAAGUAGUGAAGGAUUUUUCAACGGUCCUGAUCAGCCGUCGGUGGAACAAGUUCCACGGUUAGGCGAUUCUGGCAAUACGACGUUUGGAAAUGAGUCCAUUUCUCGAGAGUGUCUCCUGGCAUGGUGA